UUCAAGGCUUCAUGACACAGAGCUGAGCUGAAAAGGUGACAAUACUCAGCGAGGCUAGACAUUCACACAUGAAAAGGUAAAGAUCCAGCUGCCAGCUCGCAGAAGACUUUAUUAGGCAUUUGGCUUCACCUUUGUGUCCCGGUUAGAGUCACUGCUGAACGUGGAUGUAACCUUCGACUUUGUUGUGGAUAUCUUCAACAUGUCUGAAGAGAGCAACAAGCUGCCUAUGGACCCCAUCUCUGAUGUCGGCAUAGUUAGUUCACUCAGCAAAAUCCCUGAUGGUUACUAUGUUGUUGCAAAAACAACAGAUGGCUCCGACGCCGACCUGUGGAAGGACGGCUUAUUCAAAUCCAAGGUCAAUCGCUACCUUUGCUUCUCCAGGAAAACUGAGCCUGAAGUUGUUGUGGAAAUGAAGCUGAUCGACAUCAAGGACCCGCUGCCAGAGUCCUUCACACCUGUCCAAGAAACAUUAGACAAAAAGGAAGCUGCCAUGAGGAAGAGGAGGCUGUGUGUGAAAACGAGCCCUCGUGAAGCUGCCGAGACAGCUGUAUGUGACAUCCAGAUCACCACCAAAUCCAAGUACCAGCUUGUUAACUACACCUGUGCGGGAGAGCUGAACAACAUGGGGAUCUGGUACCGCAUGGGAGACGUUCCUCGGCGUCAGUCACCCCGGCAAACGGCGAGCGCUCCUAAAGCUGACACCCCGUGCAGCACAACAAGGAUUGCCAUCAGCAGACCACAAUAUGGGCAGCAGAACAGUGGCAUCUACACUAUCACAGCUCUUGACGAUGUGCCGUUCAUGGUGUCCGAGAAGUUUAAUGAAAAGCCUCAAGAGAUGCAGCAAGUCAAUUUAAUGGGCAUUACGAUCAAAUCCCUGGCAGAGAUCGAGGAGGAAGUGAGUAGAGGCUGCAACGCUCGGCUGCCGCCGACGCCGCUGGCCCAGAAUGCAAAGCAAACGGUCUUGGGUUGUAAUUAAGUGUCUGAGACAGUGAGGCCCUGCUGGCUCCACUAAGUCCCAAUUGAAUAAAAGCAUGGCCAUGCAAGGCAGCCGUUCUCUCUUAAAAGCGUUGCCUCCCAUUCCAAGAACUGUUGACUUUUAUUCCCUAAUUCUUACCUCCAACAACUCAAUCAUGCGUCUCACACAGUUCAGUGCAUCUUAAAGGGAUAGUUCAGAGGUUUUAAAGUAAAUUUGUAUUAUUGUUUUAUAAGCAGCUGAUGACUCCAUUGGCUACUUCUCGUUGUAUAACUCCUAAUUGAUCCAGGAGGAUUAAGCUAAUAACUCGUUCUAGAAGGGUCAACACCAGCGCAAACUUACGCCAGCUUAGAGCAGCUCCAGUCUCCAGGAUGGGUAAGAGGACAGUGACGAACGCUACAUAUGAUUUUCUUUCUGUCUGGCUGAUAGUAACACUGGUCAUUUCUACUGAACAAUAAACGUGACAGACUGACAGAAGGAGGCUUUAUCUUACUGUAAAUAUUGACCUUUCUGAAAAACAAUUUUUGAAAACCCCAAACUUUGCAAGUUCUUACAUUUCAUUCUAUGUUUAGC